GCUUUGCUGGAGGUGGGAGCAGCAGCAAAUCUCUGGCCCAGAUCCAGGCUACGGAUUCCAGGAUUCUGUAAGUACCUUAGGAGCCAGGCCUGGGCAGGAGGAGCCAGGAGAAUGGCUACAAUGACUUCAGCAGUACUAGUGGACAUACAAGAUGAAGUGACCUGCCCCAUCUGCCUGGAGCUCCUGAAGGAACCCCUGAGCAUAGACUGUGGCCACAGCUUCUGCCAAGCCUGCAUCACAGAGAACAGCAAGGAAUCGCAGAUCGGCCAAGAAGAAGAAAGCAGCUGUCCUGUGUGCCAGACCAGCUACCAGCUCAGGAACCUGCGGCCUAAUCGGCACCUGGCCAACAUAGCGGAGAGGCUCAGAGAGGUGGUCUUGGGCUCAGGGGAGCCGCUGAAGGUGAUUCUUUGUGCGAACCAUAGAGAGAAACUCCAGCUCUUCUGUAAGGAGGAUGGAAAGCUGAUUUGCUGGCUUUGCGAGCGGUCUCAAGAGCACCAUGGUCACCACACGUUCCUCAUGGAGGAGGUUGCCCAGGAGUACCAGGAGAAGUUCCAGGAGUCUCUGAAGAGGCUGAGGCAAGAGCAGCAGGAAGCUGAGAAACUAAAAGCUGUGAUCAUAGAGAAGAGGACAUCCUGGAAGAAUCAGAUGGAACCUGAGAGACACAGGAUCCAAAAAGAGUUUAAUCAGUUGAGAAGCAUCCUGGACAAAGAGGAGCAGCGGCAACUGAAAAAACUGGAAGAGGAAGAGAGGAAGGGGCUGAAUAUUAUGGAAGAGGCAGAGGAUGAGCUGGCCCACCAGAGCCAGGCACUGAAGGAGCUCAUCUCAGAUCUGGAGCAUCGGUGUCAGGGGUCCACAGUGGAGCUGCUGCAGGAUGUGAGUGAUGUCACGGAAAGGAGUGAGUACUGGGCUCUGAAAAAACCAGAAGAUCUCCCCACCAAGCUGAAGAGUGCAUUUCGGGCCCCAGAUCUGAAAAAGAUGCUACGAGUGUUCAGAGAGCUGACAGAUGUCCAAAGCUACUGGGUGGACGUGACUCUGAAUCCACACACAGCUAAUUUAAAUCUUGUCCUGUCUAAAAACCGGAGACAGGUGAGAUUUGUGGGCGCCGCUCUGUCUGGGUCUCAUCUGGAAGAGCACUAUGACUGCGGCGUCCUGGGCUCGCAGUAUUUCUCCUCUGGAAAACAUUACUGGGAAGUGGAUGUGGUCAAGAAGACUGACUGGAUCCUGGGCGUGUGCAGUGAUGCCGUGGGAUCUCCAUUCUCUGUCAACCAGUUUUUGAACAAUCGCAAUGUUUACUCCAGAUAUCAACCUCAAAAUGGCUACUGGGUGAUUGGGUUGCACCAUAAACAUGAAUAUAGAGCCUAUGAGGACUCUUCCAGUUCCCUGCUCCUCUCCAUGACGGUGCCCCCUCGCAGGGUUGGGGUUUUCGUAGACUAUGAGGCCGGCACUGUCUCCUUUUUUAAUGUCACAAACCACGGCUUUCCCAUCUACACCUUCACUAAAUAUUACUUUCCUACCACUCUUUGCCCAUAUUUUAAUCCUUGCAACUGUGUAGUCCCAAUGACCCUGCGUCGCCCAAGCUCUUAAACAUUCUGCUGCCCUCACCCACACCUGAGCAGUAGCCUUUGAGGCUCAU